ACCGCUAGUUACAUGUACAAUUGUGACACAAUCUUGCUGCAAACCUGGGACACCAGCACCCGAGAAGCGCCAAUGCGCUUAUUACCCAAUAGAGGCCGCGAUGACUCGCGCGCAGAGAUUGCCGAACAAGCCAGAAGAAUUGGUAAGACACUGGUACAAUACACGUGUAGCAACACCAGAGUCGUGUCCAACCCCGACUUGUACAUCGCAGUCCAUGGGAAGGCCAUUGGCUCACGAAGGUGAG